CAUCCGUACUGCGAAAUGCGCAUGCGCACACUUCAGUGCAGAAACAUGAUUGGGAGCGUGUUAUUUUAUUUUCUCUACCCCUUAUCCCGGUUCCUGACUGGCCGACACUCAGACACCUCAAAAAAGGAUCUCCCUCCUGCAGAGGUUGAUGGCAAGGCAGUGUGGGAUGGUGGUGCUAUUACAUACAGCAGGUUCACCCAGUCUCAGACUAUCCCGCUGGACAAGUGGAUUAGCUCAAGCAGUGGGACGGAGGCAGAAAUUAAAGAACGGAUGAAGGAACCAAUCUCAGAGGUGAAAUGUGUCACAAGGCCUGACAUAGAAAAAGAAGAGCUGAUGCCUGUGAUGCAUGAAGAAGUUCAGACGGACGCAGCUUUCAAGAUGAAUGAUAAGCAAUCUGCAAAGAGAGAGAAAGAAGAGGAGAGGAGGAAUGAACAGCUUCAUGACAAAGAGGAGGCUCUCCAGAAAGAGAACAGUAACAUAACACAUCACUUUGAUGGGUAUCACAUCAGGGAGAACACAGAGGAGGGUACAGUUAUUCUAACUGGGGACAACACUGCAGAGCAAAAACUUUGUGCACAAUUAGAGAGUGUAAAAAUGGAGGGGAGCAUUGCAGAAACUACUUCUCCUGUGGGGGGAAAUUUAGGGGAAACAAGGUUGGAGGAUCCAGUGGCUCCAGUUGAGCCCAGCAUACAACAUACUGCCUGUGAGGCACUGGAACAAACACAAACACCGCCGGCUGAAGUAGCUGAGUGCUGGGAUGAGUAUUUACAUCCUGCUGCUAAUGAAAUGCAAGGUGGGGAGAUAAGUUCUUGUCCGAAGUUUGUCUACCCUCUCUCUAUUGAUGACACCCACCGUGAUACACAAACUAGCUGGCACUUUCCUGCAGGACUUGGACUUGCAGAAGAAGUGUGCUGUCCAAUGUUGCAAUUUCCUGCAGUAAGCUAUUAUCCUCCAUUAGAGCCGAACAUACCCUUUCAAGUAAUGUGGAGAGUGUGGGAGGAGGUGGAUGAGAGUGCCUCUGCAGCAGGACCCACCCUUAAGCCCCUCCCAUUCACAAAGGCCUCAAUGGACUUUACUGUUAUGUCCUACAAUAUCCUUGCUCAGGAUUUACUUGAGGCCAAUGAGGAGUUGUAUAUGCACUGCCCCCUAGAGGUGCUCGACUGGAACUACCGCUACAGCCUGCUGCUGGAGGAAAUCCUGAAAUGGGCACCAGAUAUUUUGUGUCUUCAAGAGGUUCAGGAGAACCACUACCAUGGACAGCUUUAUCCAGUCCUGUCUCAGAUGGGCUACACCUGUGUGUACAAGCGACGUACAGGAAACAAGACAGACGGCUGUGCUACUUGCUAUCGCAGCAGUCGCUUCUCUGAGCAAUCAGUCACCCUGCUGGAGUUCUUCAGGCCUGACACAGAGCUGCUGGACCGGCACAAUGUGGGCAUCGUUUUGUUGCUUCAGCCAGUGGUCACCAAGGGGUCAGAGGUCAAGGCGAAGGGCUCGCUGCUCUGCGUGGGGAACACGCACCUGCUCUUUAACCCGAGGAGGGGAGAUGUGAAGCUGGCUCAGCUAGCCUUAGUGCUGGCGGAAAUCGAUCGUGUGGUUAAGUCCUGUAAGGCCAAAGGUGAACACUGCAACAUAAUACUGUGCGGGGACUACAACUCCCUCCCCCACACACCUCUGUAUCAGCUCAUCACCACUGGGGACCUCUACUUCCAGGGUCUACCUGCGUGGAUGAUUUCAGGUCAGGAGGACCUGUCACACAAAGUCCUUUACCACAGACUGCUUGCUCCACUGUGGCCCAGCAGUCUUGGAAUCACUGACAGCUGCCACUACUCAAAUGACAAGAAGAUAUUAAAAGACCAGGAAGAGAAACCAGGGAAACAUCAGUACAGCCACAGCUUCCUUCUGCAGCUGCGCUUCUGUCCAGCUGCAUGUGUCCGUCCUCUAGACAUGGAGCUGAUCCCAGGUGUGAGUGACAACACACCAGAUGACUCAAGGAGAAAUCAGCCUCACGAUAAAAGUUUCAGACACACCAUCAGUCAUCCUUUCGACCUGGAGUCGGUCUACAAACACAUUCUCCCAGGCUCUGGAAACCCAGAAGUAACGACCCAGCAUUCUGAAGGAGCAUCUACCGUUGACUACAUCUUCUACACGCCGAAACGUGUGAUAACUUCUGAUCAAACAGAUGGGGAUGACUCUACAAGGGAGGGUCUGAAGCUCUUAGGAACACUCUCUCUUCUGUCAGAGGAUGUUUUAUGGUCCAUGAGGGGACUUCCUAAUCACACAUUCCCCUCUGAUCAUCUCAGUCUUGUUGCAAAAUUCCAGCUGGACCUGAACGCAGCAUGAAGGAGAAAGACCGGGUCGAUUCAGAGAUAAAUGCCUGUUUGCAGAUUUUUGUUCAAAUGGUUGGUAUGUUUUUUUUUUCAGAAGGAGUACCACUUUGAUUCUGUUCUGAAUCAGAGCUUUGUAAGUCUACGUGAGUUUAUAUUUUGCUAAAAAGAGCCAAGAAAAGAGCAAAAUGCCAAAAACGUAGUCUUGUUCCUCGAGUUUUCAUCAGAUAGAUGAUACAGAGCUAUGACUGAGAUGACAAAUCAUUUGGCAAAUCAUUCUGUAAUGAUUCAUUUAAAAAAAGGAAGCUCGUGAUUGCUUCAUUUCUUUAUGGUGUAAAAAUACACCUACAUGCUCAUUUAGAUUUUGAUGACUAGUGUGUCAUGUUGUUAUUUAUAUAAACUAAUUUGAAAUGAGAGUUCUAUCUCUGAUAAUGAGCCAGUUCUAUUUUUUCAGAUGGACAAAAACAGAAUAAAUAUUUUACAUAACUUUCUGGCCCCUUCAUUAUUUUCAUGACCCAAAGCAAAAUGUACACCUUGCAUGAGAAUUUGUAGCCCUGCCCUGUAUUUAUAAUGUAUCACAUUUAAAUACACAAGCUCUACAUCCUCCA